UUAGAUCUUUGGAAACUGACAGGUUGCCCUUAUAACUAGGUCGAAAUCUUGUUAGCAAGUGUUAUUUUGUCGCAACAUUUUGGUAUUCUUAAAAAGGCAGUUUACCUCGCUCCUGCUCAUCUUAUUAAAGCAGAAGUAACUUUUAAAAAAAUAUUCACCGUGAUUCACUGUGAAUUCUGAAACGAAUUAAUAGGGAAGGUCUUUGUUCUCACCUCUUGCUGCUAAAUAUAUCCUGUCUAGUUGUGGUAUAUAAAGACCAGCCUUUACCGACUGCCUUAUCAUUUUUCUGUCUCCUUCGCUAUUUCCUUCUUCAAUAACUAAACAUGUCGUCGGGAAUUAUAGUGAGCCAGCAAGUAAUUGAUCUGUUUCAUGAUAUUAAAUCGAAAAAAAAAAUCCGGUAUUGCAUACUGGAUUUAAAUGAUACCGAAACGGCACUUGUACCAGGUGAAUGUGUUUUAAAACCGGAGCCUGCAGACGUGAGUUUAUGUGCUGUGAAGAAAGAAUGGGAAAGCUUUUGCUCAAAACUCACACUCAACGACUGCCUCUAUAUUAUAUACGACAUGAAUUACCAAAGACCUGGUGGAGCGCGGAGAGAUAAACUUCUUUUAAUUAGUUGGUGUCCAGAGAGUUCUUCUACUCGUAAGAAAAUGAUUUACACCUCAACUCUUAAUACUUUAAAAAGUGCUUUGGCUGGUAUUCAAGUAGAAGUUCAAUCAAAUGAUUUGGGUGAUCUAGACUUUGAGGAAGUACUACAGAAGGUGGACAAAAGCUGAAUAUUCUCAUCCAUAUUUUGCAAAAAUGUUAUGUAUAUAUAUACAUACGUAUAAUGUCUCAACUCGCAUUGUAUUUGUCUGACCAUGAAAAUUUGUUUUUAUUUUUUUAAGAUUUUCUAAAGCAACAAAAAUUUUAGAUUUCAUAACUGAUAACUGUUUCAUCUGUCUGUUGUACACAACAUUUCUUCUCUGCUAUUUUAUAAUGAACUAAUUUUUAUCUGACAUUCACUAUCUGGUUCUUUUUUUAUGUUGGCGACAUAAAUCCAAAAAUUUAAAGAAAUACUGCUUAUGAAUAUUAAAGGAUUUAUUUUUCUAUGUGAAGUUAACAAGAAAUAUUUAGUAUAAACUUCCAUUGUGCAAAGCAUGCCAUCAUGGAAAAAAUUAAUUAUACUGAAUUAAAAGCUGAAGUGUUAACAAGCAUGGAGAACAUGACUUUCAAGUGCUUUAAACACGGAAUGGUGUAUCUGCCCUUAGAUUUACUAAACUUUAGCUCUUUAAAAAAAUUGUAACAAAUGGAUAUUCAGUUUAAAUUGCUGCUGACUGCUUCUUCCCAACGUGGUUAAACUUUGGUCUGCAUCUUGCUCAGCCAGUAGCUUUUAAUGUCCAUAACAUUUUUUUGAUUUUUAUAUCACAAUAAAUUUGACACUAUUGAAAAUAAAAA